CGGGGAAAGAAGCAGCUGAGAGGGCUUUGAUUUUUCCUAGGUUUCUUCUCCUUGGCUUGGACUGCAUGCAUGGAGGCUUUUUGAUAUUUUGCAGAGCGCAGAGGGACGGCUUGUAUAUUACUCUGGCGUCAGAUGGGUUGGCUAGUAGGUGAAUCAAGAACGCCUUUGCAUUGUGGAGCCCAGAGGCCGUCAGGUGACUAUCCCACUUCAACCUUGGCUACCAAGGCUACCAUUGGGUGGGCGCUUGGAUCAACGACCUGGAUUGCCGACCCAAACAGCCAUCUAGGCAAAAAGCCCUACUUGUGGACCGCCACACAAGUCAACCAACCCCCUAGUCAUCACGCCCGAAGGGCGCCGGCAUUCUCUAUCCAUAUCCAGCCAAGCCAAUUCAUCCCUCUACUCAUCACCCUCCGAAGAGAGUCAAGAUCCCCUAUCCGCAUCCAACUCAGCCAAGUUAAUUCUACCCGUCACCCUCUGAAGAGGUCUAGGAUCCCUAAUAGAAAAUCAAGCCUUUCUCACCACCCGUCUUUGCAUUGCAGAGCCCGGAGGCCGUCAGGUGAUUAUCCUAUUUCAAGCCAUUCAGGCAGAAAAUCAUACUUGUGGACGGCCGCCACGCAAAUUAAUUCAUCAUCUCCUGUCCAUUACACCCCGAAGAGAGCCUAAAUUCCUUAUAUAUAUCCAGCCUAGUUCAUUUAUCGUCUAUCUGUC